CGAGGGGAGGAGCGCGCGGCGAGCGCCCCUCUGGCUCCGUGUGAGGGAGCGGCGGAGCCCGGCGCUGGGACCGGCCCGCGAUGGAGUGAGCCGCGGCCGCUCCCUCCCUCCCGCCCGCCUGCGCCUCGCUGGCCGCUCGUCCGGGGUGGCUGCGUGAGCCCCCACCGCCCGGCUGAGGGCCUCUCUGCCUCGGGGUGCCGCAGGGGCGCAGCCCGGCGGCGGACGAGCGGGGAGCGCGCCCCGGCCGGCCGGCCGGCAGGCAGGCAGGCAAGCAGGCAGGCAAGCAGGCAGGAGGAGCCCCCCCCGGGGGAGGGGCUGGCGCUGGGUGCCCGGCUGCCGGGCGCGGGGAGCGGAGCGAUGGCGGCGGGGAGAGCCCGGCGGCUCCUCGGCUCCCUUUGGAUCGCCCUUCUCCUCGGGCAGCCGGACCCGGCCGGCGCCGCCGCUCGGAGCGGCUCGCAGAGCCUCCUCACAGGAUCCCUUGUGAGAACCUUCACUCCUUUUUACUUUCUGGUGGAGCCAAUGGAUGUUCUGUCAGUUCGCGGAGCUUCUGUUAUAAUGAACUGUUCAGCUUAUUGUGAAACUUCUCCAAAAAUUGAAUGGAAAAAAGAUGGGACUUUUCUAAACUUGGUGUCAGAUGACCGUCGCCAGUUGCUACCAGAUGGAUCUUUAUUAAUAAAUAGUGUGGUGCAUUCCAAGCAUAAUAAACCUGAUGAAGGAUAUUAUCAAUGUGUGGCAACUGUGGAAAGCUUGGGGACCAUUGUCAGCAGAACAGCAAAGCUCACAGUAGCAGGCCUUCCCAGGUUCACCAGUCAGCCAGAAUCAUCAUCUGUCUAUAAAGGAAACAGUGCAAUCCUUAACUGUGAAGUCAAUGUUGACUUUGCACCGUUUGUGAGGUGGGAGCAGGAUCGCCAGCCAGUUUUUCUGGAUGAUCGUGUAUUUAAAUUACCAAGUGGAGCUCUAAUUAUUAGCAAUACUACUGAUCUGGAUGGAGGACUCUAUCGCUGCAUCAUUGAAAGUGGUGGGACCCCCAAAUACAGUGACGAAGCAGAGCUCAAAAUUCUUCCAGAUCCCGAGAUGCCACAGAACUUGAUGUUUGUGAGGCAGCCCUCUUCACUUACUAAAGUUAGUGGGCAAAGUGCAGUUUUUCCAUGUGUUGCUGUAGGAUUUCCAACUCCAUAUGUCAGGUGGACAAGAAAUGAAGAAGAGCUUACCACAGAAGGCUACGAAAGAUUUCUUCUGCUUGCGGGAGGCAGUCUGGAGAUCAGUGAUGUUACGGAAGAGGAUGUUGGGACGUAUACCUGCAUAGCAGAUAACGGAAAUGAGACUAUUGAAGCUCAAGCAGAACUUACAGUUCAAGUUCCUCCUGAAUUUCUGAAGCGCCCUGCAAAUAUUUAUGCUCAUGAAUCCAUGGACAUUGUGUUUGAGUGUGAAGUGACUGGAAAACCUACUCCAACUGUGAAAUGGGUCAAGAAUGGAGACAUGGUGAUCCCAAGUGACUAUUUCAAAAUUGUUAAAGAACAUAAUCUGCAAGUUUUGGGUCUGGUGAAAUCAGAUGAAGGAUUCUAUCAGUGCAUUGCAGAAAAUGAUGUUGGAAAUGCACAGGCUGGAGCCCAGCUGAUAAUACUUGACCUUGAUGUUGCCAUCCCAACAUUACCUCCCACUUCACUGACCAGUGCCACUAAUGACCAUCUAGCACCAGCUACAACAGGACCAUUGCCUUCAGCCCCGCGGGACGUCGUGGCCACCCUCGUCUCCACUCGCUUCAUCAGACUGACGUGGCGGACGCCUGUAUCAGACCCUCAAGGAGACAACCUCACCUAUUCAAUCUUCUACACCAAGGAAGGUAUAAACAGGGAACGCAUUGAAAAUACAAGUCGUGCUGGAGAGACACAAGUGACGAUCCAAAACCUGAUGCCAGAAACAGUUUAUGUCUUUCGAGUUGUGGCUCAGAACAAGCAUGGCCCCGGAGAGAGCUCAGUACCGCUGAAGGUGGCAACUCAGCCUGAGGUUCAGCUUCCUGGCCCAGCACCGAAUAUCCGAGCGUACGCCAGUUCACCCACCUCCGUUACUGUUACCUGGGAAACGCCGUUGUCUGGCAAUGGAGAAAUCCAGAACUACAAGCUCUAUUACAUGGAGAAGGGGCAGGACACUGAACAGGAUGUUGAUGUCGGAGGACUCUCCUACACCAUUAACGGAUUAAAGAAAUACACACAGUAUAGUUUCCGAGUGGUAGCUUACAAUAAACACGGUCCUGGAGUCUCGACCCAAGAUGUAGUUGUACGAACGUUGUCAGAUGUCCCCAGUGCUCCACCACAGAAUCUAACGCUGGAGGUACGGAAUUCCAAGAGCAUCAUGCUACACUGGCAGCCGCCUCCUGCAGGGACACACAGUGGACAAAUCACUGGCUACAAAAUUCGCUACCGUAAAGUGUCCCGCAAGAGUGAUGUAACAGAGAGCAUUGGUGGGACCCAGCUUUUUCAGCUAAUUGAAGGUCUUGAACGAGGUACAGAAUACAGCUUCCGAGUAGCUGCCUUGACUGUUAAUGGUACUGGACCAGCUACUGACUGGAUAUCAGCAGAAACGUUUGAGAGCGAUCUAGAUGAAACUCGUGUUCCUGAAGUUCCAAGUUCCUUACAUGUCCGUCCGCUUGUCACCAGUAUUGUAGUAAGCUGGACUCCACCUGAAAACCAGAACAUCGUGGUGAGAGGCUAUGCUAUAGGGUAUGGCAUUGGUAGUCCCCAUGCACAGACCAUCAAGGUGGACUAUAAACAGAGAUACUACACCAUUGAAAACUUAGACCCAAGCUCCCACUAUGUCAUAACUCUGAAAGCGUUUAACAAUGUUGGUGAAGGAAUCCCUCUCUACGAGAGCGCGGUGACCAGGCCUCACUCAGACACUUCCGAGGUUGAUUUGUUUGUUAUUAAUGCUCCAUACACUCCAGUGCCAGAUCCGUCUCCCAUGAUGCCACCGGUGGGAGUUCAGGCUUCCAUUCUGAGUCAUGACACCAUACGGAUCACUUGGGCAGACAACUCUCUGCCAAAGAACCAGAAGAUCACAGAUGCUCGUUACUACACAGUUCGCUGGAAAACCAAUAUUCCUGCAAAUACGAAGUACAAGACUGCAAAUGCAACCACUUUGAGCUAUUUAGUGACUGGGUUAAAACCAAAUACCUUGUAUGAAUUCUCCGUGAUGGUGACUAAAGGUCGAAGAUCAAGUACUUGGAGUAUGACAGCACAUGGAACAACUUUUGAAUUAGUUCCAACUUCUCCUCCCAAAGACGUGACUGUGGUGAGCAAAGAGGGAAAACCUCGGACAAUAAUUGUUAACUGGCAGCCUCCAUCCGAAGCCAAUGGCAAAAUUACAGGAUACAUCAUUUACUACAGUACGGAUGUCAAUGCUGAAAUACAUGAUUGGGUUAUUGAACCCGUUGUGGGAAACAGACUGACCCAUCAGAUACAAGAAUUGACCCUUGAUACGCCAUAUUAUUUCAAAAUUCAGGCCCGCAACUCGAAGGGCAUGGGGCCUAUGUCUGAGGCAGUUCAGUUCAGAACCCCAAAAGCUGAAUCCUCAGAUAAAAUGCCUAAUGAUCAAGCUUCAGGAUCUGCAGGGAAAGGAAGCCGCCCAGUGGACGUAGGACCAGAUUACAAACCACCACUUGGUGGCAGUAACAGUCCCCAUGGAAGUCCUACUUCUCCCUUGGACAGCAAUAUGCUCCUUGUAAUCAUAGUAUCUGUUGGAGUGAUCACCAUUGUGAUAGUGGUGAUAGUCGCCGUCUUCUGCACCCGUCGUACAACUUCUCACCAAAAAAAGAAACGAGCUGCCUGCAAAUCAGUGAAUGGGUCCCAUAAGUACAAAGGAAACUCCAAAGACGUCAAGCCUCCUGACCUUUGGAUCCAUCAUGAAAGACUGGAGCUAAAACCCAUUGAUAAAUCUCCAGAUCCCAAUCCAAUCAUGACAGAUACCCCAAUCCCUCGCAACUCCCAAGACAUCACCCCAGUUGAUAAUUCCAUGGACAGCAAUAUCCAUCAAAGGCGGAAUUCCUACAGAGGGCAUGAGUCAGAGGACAGCAUGUCCACACUGGCAGGAAGAAGGGGCAUGAGGCCCAAGAUGAUGAUGCCUUUUGAUUCUCAACCGCCUCAGCCUGUGAUUAGUGCUCAUCCCAUCCAUUCACUCGAUAACCCUCACCAUCAUUUCCACUCCGGCAGCCUCGCUUCUCCAACUCGCAGCUAUCACCAUCACCAGGUCAACCCGUGGCCGAUUGGCACAUCCAUGUCACAUUCAGACAGGGCCAAUUCCACAGAAUCUGUUCGAAACACACCUAGCACGGACACCAUGCCGGCUUCCUCAUCUCAGACGUGUGCUGACCACCAGGAUCCUGAAAGCACCACAGGGUCUUACCUGGCUAAUGCACAAGAAGAGGAUUCAGCUCAGAACCUCCCUACGGCACAUGUCCGUCCUUCCCACCCGCUGAAGAGUUUUGCGGUGCCAGCUGUUCCACCAGCUGGUUCCACGUAUGACCCUGCAUUGCCAAGCACACCAUUACUGACUCAGCAAGCUCCUAACCAUCCAGUUCACUCGGUGAAGACUGCGUCAAUUGGGACUUUAGGAAGAACUCGACCUCCUAUGCCUGUGGUAGUUCCCAGUGCCCCUGAUGUGCAGGAGACCACCAGGAUGCUUGAGGACUCUGAAAGCGUAGAAUUAUGAACCAGAUGAGCUGACCAAAGAGAUGGCCCACCUGGAAGGACUUAUGAAGGACCUUAAUGCCAUCACUACAGCAUGACCACCUUCACCAGGACAUGACUCCAAACAGUUUCACAAGUCUUGGGACUCAGCCUUGGAACACAAGGAAUUGUACAGAGGAAAAAGAAAAGAAAAAAAAAAAGAGAGAAAAAACAAAGAGGGACAGCACAUGAGAGCAUACACAGAAAGCAAACGAACCAACCAGUGCAUUUGUGCUACAGCUGGUCAAAAAGAGAUGACCUUGUCAUCGUUCUGCAAUGAAGUCAUUGCCAAGUUGAAUUCCAUGUACCUGCUGAGACCGUGCAGGAUGGGACGCAUCAGGCUGAAAUCUAGCAUCCAGACAAAAGGAAAAAAAGUGGACUUCAUGGUUGUUUUUUUUCUGGUCAGGUUUUGUCUCAGUGGUGUGAUUGCCCUGCCUUUUCAGUGUUGGACAUUCGCAUUUAUGUACAAUUUUAUUUGUGUUUUUAUUUUAUCUUUUUUUAUAAAAAGGAAAAAAUACUGUUAAAAAAAAGGAGAAACUGUUGUUUUCCACAGCCUAGACUGACAUUUGACUGCUUGUUCUGUUGUGUAUGAGAAUUCAUUGCCAGCGUGGGUUGUUCUGUUUUGUUUUUUAUUCUGCGUAUAAUUACAUCCCCUUCUGGCAGUUAAUCCAUGGCCUUUUGGGAUGCUGCACUGCUAUUUGUAAGCUUUUUUUAUUAUUUUUAUAUUAUAAUUAUUAAAAGCCUGACUUUCUCCUCUCAUCACUGUGAGAUUACCAGUCUGUUUGAAUUGAAAUGUAAUUUGAAAGGCUUGUUUGUCGCUUUUUGUGCAGUUUCAAUAUUUUGAGUGGGGAAAAGUAGUGGGGAAGGGGAGGGGAUCCAGUGGGAGGUUUCAUUAUUGUUGUUUUCCUGUCUCUCUACAUUGACUCAAAAGACUGAAGAAAAUGAAAGCAUCUUCUGUAAUGUCCUUCCUUGUAACUUCAGCAUACUGUGUCUCUGGUUACUGAAUUGCAGUGAGAGUCUCGUUUAGAAACAUUAAAAAAAAUUCCUCCUGUAAAGUAGGGUUCCUUAUGUUUAGAUGACACUACAGCUUAUUUUGGCAACAGUGCUCUGUUUUGUUGUUGUUAAAGAUCACAUCAUGAAACUUUUAAAGUGCAGAUUGAGCGCUCAUUCAGCAUGGAGAACUUAGCACAAGCAGCAGUGCACAGUGCACGCAACACUUCUCUGCUGGUGGUGCUUAGGUUUGAGCUACCUGGACCUCCCAGAAGCAGAGAACUGUGGACCUCUUCUCAUCAGUGACAUACCAUAUCAUACUUUUGAGAACACUACAUGUCUGCAGGAUCCUUCAGCAGCAAGUCCAACCCCAGUGCAAUUUCUCUAUCCCAGGCCAUUUAAACAAGAAUCCUUCUCUUAAGGAUUCUUCAGAGACAUAAGCAAGGCAAAAAUGUAUUUUUUUACACUUUUGAAACCAUUUGAAAAGAAAAACAGUAUUAGCGACUCAGGUGCUGUUCACAUAUCUGUCUAGAAAGGAAGGAAAGUUAAAAGGGAACUCCUAUACGAGGGAAGGAAAAGGGUUUUUUCUUCUCUCCAUGUAUGAUGGCCUGGCUCUGCCAUACUCUAUGAAGAGGAAUGGCAUAAAAAGAGGGACUGUAUUUUAGUGGAAAAAAAAAAAAACAAUACCCAGCUGCCUAAUGAACUCAUGUGCAAUUUCACUUUUAAGAUGAAAGGAAACUCAAAACUUACAGAUGAUUCAGAUGCCAAAUCUGUUCCUCCUGAGCAGUCAGAUUUGUGAUCUCAGAAGCUGAGUGAUAACGAUGGCAGAUGUGCAGAUAACAGGCCUUUCAGCUGCAGGACACUGCUGCUGUAGUCCACAGUGCCUCUGCUAGAUGGCUGUACCUGUUGGAACAUGAAGAGGAAAUACUGUAAUCUGCUUAAAUUUAAAUAACCCAAGAACUUUGCUUCAUUUAUUUUUUUUUUUUAUCCAUUUGACUAAAGCUAAAGCUCUGGGCCCAUUUUCAUAGUUCCUGUCACUAAGAGAAGGGAGAGCCAGUGAAUCAUCCUGGAGAGCAGCAGGGGUUUGGGGUGUAGUUUUACUUCCUUUCUUUUCCUGGACUCUUUGUAUUGUCAUUUCUAGGACAUUUGCUGGGUUUAUUUAUUUGAGGGGGAGAAGGAAUCAAAUUAAUUGGAGCACCGUGGGCCACCUGGAUAAUUAAUGUUUGGACUUUUAAUCAAUACAAUUCAGGGCAAAAUAAGCUACAGAAUAUGUAUUUAAAUAAUAAAAUACACAUCCUGUCCUGAAAGGAGGGGGGUGUAUGUUUUCCUUUGCCUAUUUUUUACCUAUACCCAAAGAAAUACCAUCAUACAUACACAGUAUUCUUAGCUGGUGGGUCUUUGUGAAUAUUACUUAUGUAUAACACCAUGAAUGUUAAUAUUGUCAUUGAAUUUGGGGAGGGGGAAUAUUUUUAAUGAUAAAACAACUGUUCAAAGUUGGUUUUUUAAGGUUAAACUAAAAAAAAAAAACAUUUAUUCAAUUCAGUGUACAAUCUGUAUUGCACUUUUUCACAUUUUAAUGCUACGUUUUCUUACAUAUCCUGUGAUUUUAAAUUUGGAACAUUGUGUAUCCUUGUAGUGUCAUAGUCAAGCUGUUAAGUGACAGCUUCCCUCAGAAACAUUUGGGGAAAAAAAACCAAACCUGUAUAUUGUUUUAUGAUUCUCAUGUAGAAUAAUUUUGAGGACUGCUGUAGACGUCUACCUUUCUGUACAAUUUUUUUGCUUUUCUGUAGUAUUUGCUGUAUACUCUAUGGCUUUUUUUAAUAACUUCAUGUUUAUUAUUUUGUAUUGGACAUCCAAUACACUUUUUUUAAUCCAAUCAAA